GUGAAGUAGGUACUGUGCCUCCAACUGGCAUUUCUUCAAUGACUUUGAAGAAUCUCAUCUCGGUGGAUUGUUCCCAAACCAGGACAUUGCAUUGAAGAUAUCCAUUAACCUCAACCCUGGUAUUAGCCAUGUCCCUAUCAUCCUCUUUGUGCAACCUCGAUGGGCCAGACUCCAGCUACUAAUCGCUGAUAAUAAUUCAACAUGCCGCUAAUCCGUACUACCGUCUCUACCUUCUCUACCUCUCUUUCAUUACUGCAAUCACAUUUUUCCGUUAUGGCUCAAGUACCCGCUAUUGCUCCACCUGCUGGACAUAUUGCUUUUGGCAGGGAUGAAACACUUUGGAAAUGGAAUGUGCUUUGCAUCUGUGUAUGCCUUUCUUUCACAACUAUAGGAUUUCUACUCAGAACCUAUGUUCGAGCAUGUAUUAGACGAGAAUGGGCUUGGGAGGAUUGUAUGUUUGCCUUCCCGUACAAUAUGCAAUUUUGUUGCUAACGUGUGUCAGAUAUGACCUGCGUCUCAUAUGUAAGGCACAUCUGAUAUCAUAAGCUUAUGAUAAUCUAAUCCUUGUUCUAUAGGCCGGUUUCGUCUUGUAUUGUGCCCUGAUGACAACUGUUAUGCACAACUAUGGUGGAGUUCAUGAGUGGGAUUUGACAGUAUCUGAGGUUCAAGAUGUUGUGUUUGUAUGUCGUCCGGAAGCUCCACUAAAAUCUGCUUAGGUCGCUAAUACUAUUUAGUGGUUUAACGUCACUUCAAUCGAAUACGGAAUAGAGAUUUUGUUCACUAAGUUGACAAUUCUCACCAUAUAUCGACGGGUUUUUGUUCCACAUCGCUGGAGCAAGUUUGAUAUGGUCCUUCGGUUGUUUGAAGGAAUACUAAUUCUGUUCUACUUUGCCAUAUCUGUGGUCAAGAUAUUCGAAUGUACACCACGGGCUCGAAUCUGGAACAAAUCUCUACCCGGAACAUGCGUGGAUGUGUCGAAACUGCUCAAUACCAGCGGCCUCUUCAACUUUACGACAGAUGUGCUCAUACUGUUGAUACCUGUGAAGUCUGUCUGGAAUCUUCAAAUGAAGAAAAAACGCAAAUUGUCCGUCGUUUUGAUCUUCACUUUUGGUAUGAUGUAAGUACCACGCUCUCAAAGUUUUAUCCAUCAUACUAAUAUGGAAUUAGCGCUCCAGUAUUUAGCAUGGUGGGAUUUCUUGUGCGUGAGGAUAUUAGCAAGAGUCCUGACGUGACAUAUAACCAGCCUUUAGUUCUUUUGUGGGGGUAAAUAAGUAUACAAUAUUGGUUUAUGUAUGACAGUACUAAUAUCAUGUAUAAGGACGGCCGAAGUAUCCACCGGCUUCAUUUGUGUAUGCCUCCCUCCACUUACGAUACUGUUCCACAAACAAGAACCACGAGGUCCCUCCCAAAGUAUUCUUCAUGGCGAGUCAAAUGGUGUCGGCGGUUCUGGGCAGCAGAAAACCAAACGCAAACCGAAAUUUCGCUCAGAUAACGACACUGACCUGUUAACUGGGCAAUAUAUAGAACUUGAAGAAGCGAGUAGCUACACUUUGGGUGUAGAAAAGCCUAACCCUACAUACAAGAUUGGCGUUAGCGGCGGAGCGACAUCAUCGGAGCAGAGCAGAGAGGAGAUCAACACGUCUGGGAAUGCUCAGGACAUUAUCAAAACGGUUAAAAUACACCAAUCAUUCACUUAGUCUGGCUCUUUGCUUCGGUAAAGUGUGCCAGAAGCAGAAGAACAACCCGGUGUACUUACCUUGUACAUGUGAGAAUGGGAUGAAUCAAUCUAAAGGAAGAUUAGGACAUCAAAUAUCGGCGGAAACGAUGUACCACUAUGGAAGCCCAGUAACAAUCUUCAAUUUUAUCAUUGGGGGCUUCAAGUCGGGGACUUGUUAAUUAUUUUUCAUGUUCCUUAGUUGUUGGUCGAUAGUGACAGCGUCGAUGCAGGUUGUAACUGAACCUUUCGAAUCUCUUUUCGUCGGGAUUUAACGUUUACUUGGUCCGAAUUUCCUUUGGGGGCAAGAAUUUCGUGAGAACUGGAAUGAUAUCAGCUCCUUACUAAGUUUAUAGUUCGUCAAUAGAUAUGCAGCAAAUAGAUGUGCAACAUUUGAUAUUUAGCACAAGGGAUGGAGGUGUGGAGAUGAUAAUCCUCGGCUCCUCAUUAAAUCCCCCGAGAAAUU